UUUUUUUUACCAUAAAAAAUAUUAAAUCUGUUAAAAAAUCAUUUUUUUACCUUAAAAAGAAAAAAUUACUGCAAAAUAUCUUUCGUCAUCCCUUUUCAACGACUCAACUGCCUAUUUCCCCCCUUUUUUCACCCCACCGACCCUCUUCAUUCAACUCCAUCUUCUUCUUCUUCUUCUUCUUCUUCUUCCUCCUAAUUCUCUCUCUUCAAUCUAAAUUUUCUGACUAUUUUUACAGAAUUUAAUUCUUUCUUUUUCAAUACAAAACAAAUUUAAUUAAACCCUUAAUUUUGUUUGAUUUUAUACCUUUCAAAUUACUCUUCUCUUUCUCUCUCCUACGAUACCACACAAACAAACACAUCCUCUGGAUCUCAAUCUUCCUAUUCUUCUUUCUUUCUACAUCAAUUUCUCACUUUUUUUCCUUUUCUAUAUAAAACCCAAACAUUUGUUUUAACAAUGACACACAAUUUCCAUUGUUUUCAAUACACCUCCUUCUUCUUCUCUUACCAUCUAUCAUCAAUCAAUCCCUAAUUUCACUUCAGUACAUCAUCUACAUUUGUGGGUAUCAAUCAAUUUUGGGAAUUCUUUAUCAAAAUUCAUUCUUUUUUAAUUUUGAUUUCUGGGUUUUGUUUGAAUUUUGGUGGGGUUUUCUUUCAAUUUUUUAAAUUCCUUCUCAAUGACUGUCGAGUUUGCGGAUGAUGUUUCAUACUUAACUUUUCUACCAAUUUCAUUGAUUUUUGUUGUGAUUUGUUUGGUUUCAUUGUUGAAGAAGAAGAGUAAAGGGGUAAUGGCGUUCGAUGAUGGUGUUUUCUGGAAUGAGCAUAGGCUUCAGAGGUUGAAAUGUUCUGUAAAAAAUUAUGAUUGGGGUAAAAUUGGGAGUGAUUCUGAGGUUUAUAGAUUGUUUAGUGCCAAUUCUGAGGGUAAUAAGUUGGAUCCAAACAAACCCUAUGCUGAAUUUUGGAUGGGUACUCAUGAAUCUGGUCCAUCUCAUGUGCUCAAAAAUGGGAAUAUUUUUGCAAAUGGAUUUGGUGCUAAGAAUAGCAAAUUUGGGGAUUUUGAGGGUGACACUCUCAAGUCUUGGAUUGAGAAGAACCCUAAUGUGCUUGGUCAUAAGGUUGUUGACAAGUGGGGUUAUGAUCUACCCUUUUUGUUUAAGGCGUUGUCGGUCGCAAAGACACUGUCAAUACAAGCUCACCCAUGCAAGGAGUUGGCUAAGAAAUUGCACAUUAGGGACCCACUUGUUUACAAGGAUGGCAAUCAUAAGCCAGAAAUGGCUCUUGCAUUAACAAAGUUUGAGAUCCUUUGCGGAUUUGUCAGUAUCGAGGAACUCCAAAGGAUUCUUAAAGGUGUUCCAGAAAUAUCACAAUUGGUUGGUGCUGCAGUUGUGGAUCAGCUGCUGAACAUUACCCCAGAAGAUGGGGAAGAUACAGUUAAAAUUGCCUUGAAACAGCUGUUUACUCAAAUUAUGUCAGCAAGUGAGCAUGUGAUUGCUGAGGUGCUGUCUCAGUUGAUUCCUCGUCUGAGGAAGAAGGAGGAGUUAACAUCAGAGGAGAAGCUGGUCCUACGGCUUGAAAAGGAGUAUCCGGGUGAUGUGGGUGUGCUGGCAGCUUUCCUUAUGAACUAUGUAACGCUAAACCCUGGUGAAGCAUUAUGCUUGGGGGCAAAUGAACUACAUGCAUAUGUAUCUGGUGAUUGCAUUGAGUGUAUGGCAACUUCAGAUAAUGUUGUUCGGGCUGGUUUAACUCCCAAAAAGAGGGAUGUUAAAACAUUAUGUGAUAUGCUCACAUACAAACUGGGCCGACCCGAUAUACUUAGGGGCUUCAACGUAGAGGGUACUAAUGGAGUCACAAAAAGGUACCGUCCUCCAUUUGAAGAGUUUGAGGUUGAUCAUUGUGAUCUUCCUGAAGGAAAAUCGACAAAGUUUCCGUCAAUGGCUGGUCCAUCGUUAUUUUUGGUCACUGAAGGGACUGGAAUAAUCAAAACAGCCUUUUCUGCGGAGAUGGUAAGAGUAGGUGAUGUGUUAUUUGCACCAGCGAAUACAAAGAUAACCAUAGAAUCUUCUGGUAGAAGGUUGCAACUGUACCGAGCUGGAGUGAACAGUAAAUUCUUGUGAUCUGAAGGCUAAGUUGCAUAAUUUUUCAGAUUUUUUUGGGCAGCCCCUAAUGCAUCAUAAUUUCACUAUUUUGAGAUUAAUGUAUCUAUGUAUUUGUUGAUUUUAAGCAAAAGGGCUUCUGUUGUACACAUGCUACACAAAAAAAUUAUAUAGUAAAAAGUAGUAAGAGAAAUUUCUUACAUCUC